AUGAUGAAAAUUACAAAGGAGAGGAGAAAGUACCGAAUUAGUAACCCCUAUGAUGAGGCGCAGAAGGUGAGCAUUAAGGCCAAAGCGGAGGAGCUAAGGGAGCUCAAAAAAAAGGAACUCCAUGGACAGUAUGAACGCAGCGAUGAACAGAAGGACGAAGAACACAAAAACGCAGCGGAAAGAUUUAUGCAAAUUUAUAAAGAGUACAUAGAGACAAGUGAACAAGUGGAGAAAUUCAAAAAAGUAAAUGAAGACCUGCAGGAAUCGACAAAGAAAACUGGUAGCAGGAAAAAAAUAAAAAAAUUAAAGUUGAAGCUAAAGAAAAAUAAUCUUAUAGCAAAGUUGGUUAAAAAUAAAGCCAUCAUUAAGGCAGGCAAGACAUUCUUGUCUCUAGCGAAACGGACAAGUGAGAAGAAAAAUUUGUCAACCCAAGGGGGGAAGAAUAAUAAAUCGGAGGACGUGGUUCCCAGGACUAUCCCCUCAGUUUUGGCAAAAGUGCUGCGUGGGGACAAUUCGAAGGAGAAAAACGGAGUGGAGAAGGUAUGCAAGAAGGGCAGUACCCCCAAUGGGUCCCCUCUCAAUGGCGAUGGUAGCAAGACGAGCGGUCCUCAUGUGAUAAAGACUAAAGAAGACGUACUAAACCAGUACGACGAUAUAAUUAGUGCCAAUGGAUUUAUACAAAACCCGCUGGAAUAUGCCAGGAGGGUUAUUGAGCAACGGCAGAAGCAGGGCGGCAAAAACGCUCCAAGCCAAAAGGCGGCAAAGAAAAACGUCAUGAACAAGGGAAACGUAAAAGGGAGACCUUUUUGA